UUAAUAUAUAUAUCUCCAGUAAUAGCAUAGAAAUGUCAGGGUUUAAUUUGUAUAGUGUUUAAUUCCCUGUAUUUUGUAUGUCAUACGCUCAGGUAAUAUUCUAGAGGUUAUAAUAUGUUAUACGGCUACAGGUCUCUGACCGUCCAUAUUAAAUAAUAAUACUGUAUAUCGAGACCAACGCGCUAAAAAUAGAACAGGAAAUGCAUAACGGAAACCCUAAUAGUUUGAUAUUUCGAGAAUACAAAAUCUAAAAUGGCAAUGUCCAAUUCUCCAAUUUCUGAUGCGCCUAGCGCUAAGAAGGCAAAGAGAUACACACAGCAAAGUGUAUCGUCUUUUUUUCACAAAUCAACAAGGUGUUGUGCCCUCCAUUGAUUGACCCAUUGGUCAUCUAGGUGAAAAAGAGAUAUUCACAUCCAGCUUUUGUGUUCAAAGGGAAACAACUCUAAAUGGGUCCAUGCAAGAGUGGCAGUCCGGGCGUGUACAGCUACAUCACGAUGGAGGGCACAGACAGCGACGACGACCACGUGACCAGCCGCAAGAAGUCCAGGCUGGACAAGGACAACUCUGGCGGCGAUGACGGUGAAGGAUGCGGCGAUGACGGUGAAGGAUGCGGCGAUGACUACAAGAUGCGCCGUCGCCGUAACAACGUGGCAGUGCGCAAGAGUCGCGACAAGAGCCGCAAGAAGGCCAAGGACACGAUGGAGAAGGUGAACCGGCUGCGGAUGGAGAACGAGGCUCUCGAGAUGAAGGUGCAGACGCUGUCCAAGGAGCUCAGUGUCCUCAAGGAUCUCUUCCUCGCACACGCAGGAACCGUUGCCGAGGGCAACUGUAGUGUCGUCAGCAACAGCUCCGUCCAGAGUGAUCACAAGUAUUUCAAAGAUGAGAAAUAAAGAUUUUUGUUUGUUAACGAAAUGCUGGAGCAGAAGGUAGAUGGCAGCUGUAUGCAGAACAGUGAUGAUGUAUUUUAAGGACAAACAAAUAUAUAUUUAUUACAGGGAUAGACAGAUCUAUAAAUGACAGAGCUGUAUGUGAAGGGAAUAUAUAUUUGUUAUAUUCACAGUCUCCUGUAUUAAGUGACAGGCAGUGAUUUGUCUGUGGAGAUGCAGACAUUUCUAUAGAGAAUACACUUGUGUAAGGGAGAUAAUGACCUUUUUGAGCAGGUGGUCUCUAUAUAGAAAUGAAAUGAAUGCAAUGUUGAAGGCACAGUUUAUAGACUGGUGGUUGUAUGAGGUGCCCAGUUUUUGCAGGUGCAUUGAUACCUGUAAUUAAUUAUGACCAAACUGGGAAUGUAGUUGUUUUGUAUUAUUAUAUUUUAUUACCAGCAGCAUAUUUAUGUAAACUUGAUAAUGAACAUAGGGAAAUGGGAAAGAACUUGUGUUCAUUUGCCACACUAUAUUCACAGCUAACUGUGAAAUAUUUUAACCACUUGUUAAUGUUAUUCAUUUUAUUUUGCAGAACAUUUCUUCAUUGUAACAAUAAAAUAAAACUUAUUUUCUGUU